AAAAUUUCUCAGUCAACAACUAGUCAGCGCCGCACACAGUUGCAACUGUAAGAGAGACACAGGAGGCCGGUCGGCUUCUCCCUCCUUUAACGCCCGGCGCGCGCCCAGAUAGCCGAGGCGGGCGCGGCGGCGUCCGCCAGCGAGCAGCCCGGCGCCACGGCUCGACGCGAUCCCCGCCGAGCUGAGCUCUUCCGGCGGCUCGACGCCGCCUGCGAGGCACGCCGCCUCGAACAGUCGUCUCCCCCGCAUUUCCCCCGGUCUCCUCCCCCGCGGCGGCCGCCGGAGCUUCCCGAGGACGACGACCAGCCCAUCUGGCCGCCCCGUAGCCGCUACUGGGAACGCUACAAGUCCUUAAGGAAUAUGGAGUCCAAAGCAGAAAAUUCUAUGAUCAGCCCCAUUGAGAACUCUGUAUCUCCACCAUCUGUGAAGAGACAGAAAACAUUAUCUGAUAAAGAUAGUGACCAAUGUGAUGAUGCAUCUCAGCAAGUAGUCAUCUAUAAGAAUGACAAAAGUGAUAGGGGAAGAGAUGAACAGAGUGGAAGCCAUCUCCCAAUUGUACCAGCAAAACCGUCAAAGAAGCAAAAGCGUGCAUUGGGAAAGCAAAUUGGAGCCUUUGCUGCUCAAUGUGCUAAAUGUCAGAAAUGGAGACUUAUUUCAACAAAAGAGAAGUACGAAGAAAUUCGAGAGCAAGCUCUAGAGGAUCCUUUUGUCUGUGAGAAAGCCUGUGAGUGGAAGCCUGAUGUGACAUGCGAUGACCCAUCAGAUGUAUCUCAGGACAACGGUAUGCUUUGGGCAAUUGAUAAACCUAACAUUCCACGGACCCCUCAAGAAUGGGAAAGAUUGGUUAAGAUAAGAGGUGAAGGAAGCACCAAAUUUGCUGAUGUGUACUAUUGGUCCCCUACAGGAACACAACUGAGAUCAAGCAAGGAAGUGGAGAAGUACCUUGAAGAGCAUCCAGAAUGUGCUGCGCAAGGUGUAAAGUUAUCUCAUUUUUCAUUCCAGUCACCUGCACCACUACAAAAGGACUAUGUUAGGAAGCGUUCCCAGACAAGCCAAAGUGUUGUUACACCAACAAGGUCAACUAUGCUUCUCCCACCGGAAGAAGUUGUGCCUGGGAGACUUAUGUCCUCGCUCCAACCAUAUAGACAUUUUUGUCCUCACCCCAAACAUAUGGCUUCUAACAUGGUGCAACCCAUCUCCUGGGAACCUCCACCGGUGGAUGGCAACCUGGAGAACAACAUGCUGCUGGUCCUCUACAGUGGAGAUCGCACUCAAGUGGCGCAGUCGUCGUCUGAACCGCCAGAGCCUAAGAGCCCACCGCCUGCACCAGCAGCUUAGCUUAUACCCGCAUUUGGCAAGCCAGGAUAAUCUUUUUGGUGGUUGGUGUUAGAAUGAUACAAAACUAUAGAUGGUGCUCCUACAAGGAUUGCAAAACUUUGUCCCCGCUGUUUUAUUGGUUCGUUGGUUUGGGUCCGUCAGGAUCAGGUCGGCUUGUGUUGCUUGCGAUCGGCUGCUACUUCAACGCGUAUGGCGACGUGUAUGUGUUGUGUACGUGUUGUACCGUAGUGCUGCUGCUGGGUGCCAGAUUGCUAGUCAUGGUCAGAUGAAACUCUGAAAUUUUGGGACGACAAUCGACAAGAACGUGUCGUCCAAGCGAUAAGGUUUAAGGAAUUAUUGUUCAUCUAUUGUUGUCGUGGUUACAGUUUAA